AUGUCCAGAUCCGACUCCUUAGUUUUGCUGAGUUACUUACGGGAUAAAUCACGUUUUAUACAUAUCAAACUUUUGCAGAUUCCCUUUAAUUCCUAUAACUAUCUUGUUGUUUGUUCCUUCUUCAUAUUUCCCUGUUCUCGAUUCCUCUACUUUAUCAUCUGCCUGUCCGACAUCAAGUUGAUCAUCCCAAAGCAGCGGGGCGAGUUGCUGGGCGUUGUUAUUGUUGAGUCUGGCUGGGGCAGCCUCCUACCCACUGCCGUGGUGGCCAACAUGCAGCCUGCCGGGCCGGCAGCUCGUUGUGGUCAGUUGAACAUCGGCAAUCAGAUCAUCUCAGUCAACGGACACAGUCUGGUCGGUCUGCCUCUCUCCUCCUGCCAACAACUCAUCAAGGUUGGUCCCACCCUUUAG